GUGAGCCAACCGUGCGCAGCGUUCUGGAGGGAAAUGCCCACCCCGUGUCAGUCCACUAGGUGCUUUAAAAGUGCAGGUGGUGAGAAACAGCCCCUUCCUCCUCGCCCCCCUUCCUGCCCCUCACCACUGUGCCCCCAGCCCCCGCCACCACGCCCUGGGACUCUGGGCGACGUCCGAGCAAGGACCCGGCGGGCGCGGACGUAGCCGUGGGCACCGUGGGUAGCGGAACGACGGUUGGCAGGAACCCUGACUGGAAUCCUUCAACAUGUUCAAUAUGAAGUUAUUAGGAAUAUUUUUAUUUUCUGGACUUAUAACUGCAUGUAGAGGUAACUCUUCCUAUAGUUUGCCACCAAAGUUACUAUUGGUGUCCUUCGAUGGCUUCAGAGCUGACUAUCUACAGAACUAUGAAUUUCCUCAUCUUCAGAAUUUUAUCAAAGAAGGUGUCUUGGUAGAGCAUGUUAAAAAUGUUUUCAUCACAAAAACAUUUCCAAACCACUACAGUAUUGUGACAGGCUUGUAUGAAGAAAGCCAUGGCAUUGUAGCUAAUUCCAUGUAUGAUGUAACCACAAAGAAACAUUUUUCUGACUUUAACGACAGGGACCCUUUUUGGUGGAAUGAGGCAGUACCUAUUUGGGUGACCAAUGAGCUUCAGGAAAACAGAUCAAGUGCUGCCGCUAUGUGGCCCGGUACUGACGUACCCAUUCACAAUACGACACCUUCUUAUUACAUGAAUUAUAGCUCCUCAGUGUCAUUCCUGGAGAGACUGAAUAACAUUACCAUGUGGCUGAACAAUUCAAAUCCACCAGUUACUUUUGCAACACUCUAUUGGGAAGAACCAGAUGCAAGUGGACAUAAAUAUGGACCUGACGAUAGAGGAAACAUGAGCAGAGUGUUGAAAGAAAUAGAUGACUUCAUUGGUGAGUUAGUCCACAGACUCAAGGUGUUAGGAUUGUGGGAAAACCUUAAUGUGAUCAUUACAAGUGAUCAUGGGAUGACCCAGUGUUCUAAGGACAGACUGAUAAACUUGGAUCUCUGCAUCGAUCGCUCAGACUACACUCUUAUAGAUUUGUCUCCAGUUGCUGCGAUACUUCCCAAAAGAAAUAGAACAGAGGUUUAUAACAAACUAAAAAACUGUAGCUCUCACAUGAGUGUUUAUCUCAAAGAAGACAUUCCUACAAGGUUUCAUUACCAACAUAAUGCUCGAAUUCAGCCUGUUAUUUUGGUUGCUGAUGAAGGCUGGGCAAUUGUGCUAAAUAAAUCAUCAUUAAAAUUGGGUGACCAUGGUUAUGAUAAUUCGUUGCCUAGUAUGCAUCCAUUUCUGGCUGCCCACGGUCCUGCAUUUCACAAAGGCUACAAACACAGCACGGUUGACAGCGUAGAUAUUUAUCCAAUGAUGUGCCACAUCCUGGGAUUAAAACCACAUCCCAAUAAUGGAACCUUUGGCCACACUAAGUGUUUGUUAGUUGACCAGUGGUGCAUUAAACUCCCAGAAGCCAUUGGAAUUGUUAUUGGUGCACUCUUGAUCUUAACCACUCUAACAUGCCUCUUCAUAAUCACACAGAAUAGACUGUCUGUACCGCGGCCAUUUUCCCGACUUCAGCUACAAGAAGAUGACGAUGAUCCUUUAAUUGAGUAACAUGUGCUGGGGCUUGUACAAAGUGUCUUUGUUUAGUCGUAAAACUGAGGAUACACCCAAGGUAUUAUAACUAUGAAAAAGUGUACUUGGAAAGACAAAGAAUUUAUACCAACCACGCUAAAAUUAUGUUGUUUUCUUUGUUACUUCUUUUGGUACAUUAGCUACUACCAAAACAAACAAACAAAAACCAAACAAACAAAAAAACACCCAACCCAAAACCUGACCAUAGCAAUAAUUAUUAGUAAAUCAUUAAUUAACACUGUUUCUCCAAUUAGGAACAUUUUUAAAGAAAAAUACUGCAUUUUUUUCAUUGAAAACUUGACAGAUUUUUAGAUGAAAAUACACUAAAAUUUAGUAGCCAUGCUUUUCUAAUAAAUUUUUGUAUCUAUAAAUCAAAAAUGGGGUCUUGUAAUUAGUGGAAUUUGUGUAUCAGGGAGGAAAAGUUUCCUUUAUUUUUAUAUUUACCUUUAAUAGAGUUUAUAUCCCAAGUAAACCCUUGAGUUAGGAAAUUCUCUGUGAUGGUUAACGAAAUCAGUUAACCAGGCAGAAAAGAUUAAGCACGUGAAAAUAUUAUUUUAAGAGUAGCUAUUAUAAAAAACUAACAAAGACAAUGUGAUAUAAGGCCUCUGUCUUCACCUUUGUGUCUUUGUUAAGACCCUUAAGCUGUUGAAAUCUCAAAAGUUUUAUUUUUGAAGAUUAUUGCUAAUAAGGAAUUAAGAAAAAUAGAGAAAAAUGCAUUUCUCUGUGCUUAAUGCCUUUGUAUAAGUUAUUUGUAUGUGCGCACAAGCGUGUUAGCUGUAUGGGAGUGCAGACUUGAUGUGACUUACAUAGAAGGCGCCCAGAGGUGGACUUGACCAUAGGUAGGCCUCCACGUUCCCACAGAACAAACACAGCUGUCAGGAGAGGUUAUGUUUGCGGUCCAUACUUGUUUACCUUCUUCCAACUCACAAGUUAAGACCACAGUUUUUAAAAUUCACUCAUGCUCGUUACCAUCUUUAACGUUCUCAUGUUGAUUAUUAUAAUCAGAGAUAUCUUAGUGCUAUAGAAAAAUUUAUGACCUCAUUACAGAUCUCGUUUUGAUUGGUCAGAAUAAGGAAGAGAGAUUUUUCUGUUAACCUUUGGGACUUUUAUGCCUUACUCUCUAGACAGUAGAGUAGUUAUAUUUAAAAUGGAAUUUAGUAUCUUUUGCUCUUUUACAUUAUUCUUAUAUUAAGUGGUAGAAUAAACUCUCAACACUGCCUAACAUUUCCUAGUUUGAGUGCAAGUUGGUACCUUUUAAUAAUCAGAAUUAAUAUGAAGAAACAGUUGUGGCAUACUAGAUUGUAUCUAUCAGAGGAAAAAUUGGGUUAAAGAACAAUUCAUUAGGAUCUGAGGCAAGGUAUUGAUAUUAAUAGUGUAAUCUUUAAAGUUUUGACAAUAUAAAACAAACUAGGCAAUUGUCUGGCAGAUACAAAAAUAAUCUACAGUAUAUAUUCAGCCCCAUUAAAUAUUGAUUAUCUGUGAUGAUUAAGAACAAUGGUGCUAAUCAUCAAGUAUAUAAUUUACCCUAUUUGGUCUCGGCUAAUUUCCUGAUCCUGGUAUUUAGUGCCUAUAGUAUCUGGGAUUCUGGAGAAGCAUUUCCACAUCCUGCAUAAAUAGUUCAUGCUGUUAUUGGUCAUAAAUUAACUGUAUUAACAGCAGCAUAGUAAAUAAAUGAAAUAAAACCAGUAGGGCUAAUUUUGCUUUUUUUAUGAAUUUUGUUUCUGAUGUUUUUUCCCCCUCACAUAAAAGUUAUCUAUCCUAAAGGUUAAUAGUUGAUCUGAAUGAAAUAAUAGAAAUUUUCUUUUCUACUUCAAUUACCAUUAAAAAACAACAACAAAGAAUAGAACAGUCACUUUUAAAGCCAUGGACAUUUUAAAAAAUAGUAGCAGGUUAUUUUAUACUCUUUGAGUAGAGUUUGGUCCUUGGAAUCAUGUGAGUUUUAGUGUUUAUAUUAGCUUGAUUGGUGGUUCUGACUUUCAGAGAUCUGUAUGUGGCAUCUUGGGUAGAUUUUAUCUAGGACAGAAUAGGAAGGGAUGCCCCGUAUGUGUCUUAACCUUUGAACAAAAGACGCUUACCUAUGUGUCUUGCCUUUCAUUCUUAUAUUAACUUUAAAAUUGUAAGUCUAUGUGUGUGUGUGUGUGUGUAUAUAUAUAUAUAUAUACACAUGUAUAUACACAUGUAUAUAUAUAUAUAUACACAUGAGACAAGGAUGGAAUUUAUUUAUCAAAGAGAUGUUUAUAUAUUGUUACACUGAAGUUUGUGUUAACUCGUUUGUAUAAAGCAUUAUCACUGUUAAAGCCAGUGACCCUUUAAUGCACUGAAAAUCUUUUAGUAAAACUGGCCUUUUACAUUAAGAUGUUGGUAUAUUUUGUUAGAUAAUUGACAAAUAUGCUGCUACGUUUUCUGGGUGGUAGAAAGUAUUUGGCUGUUUAUGGCAUUUAACUGCUUAUCACAAUACACAAAGGUAAUAAGAAUAUUUUUUAUUAAGUGUUUUUUACUAAUUCAGUGAGUGAAUUCAGAAUAAGUACAUUUACUUAUAAAACAAGGACAGUUCUGUUGCUUUCAUUAAUGUGCAAGUUGUUCCAGUAAUUAUUUCAAUGCUUAAAAUAGGCUUUGUGUUGUUCCAUUAAGUUUGUUCUAAGAAUUUAUAGAUACAUUUUUGUAUUAAAAUGCCUUCAAAUUGUCCCUGGGUUUCUCCUUCUUUAACACGUAUCUGGUAAGCUUUAAGGGUAAUUGCAUUUAAUUUCACUUAUUUGGAGGGUUUUACUUCAUUGUGAAUAUAUAAAGCUACAAAUGAAGGACAAAGACGAGGUAGAAAUAGUCUAUUUAUUGUCAAUUCUUAAACUAGUGUGUAAAUAAAAUGACAUGAGUGUGCUUUAAAAAAUUGUAUGUAGUGCCUUAAAGUUAAAAUAAAACAUUUUGAUUAUAUUGUUUGAA